CAUGUGGAUUACAACUUGCAAAUACUUCCCAAAAGAACACAGAAGCUAUUAUUACAACAGCUUCACAGGAAAAGGUCAGAACUAGGCAUGGGAAAGAUUCAUCUUCCCGCUGGCUGGAGCCCCACUUGCUCAGUCUCUCUGUCUCUCUCUCCAUACUGCUUUCACCUUGUUUACCUUUGGUCAAGCCUUAUAACUUGUAACCCUAAGCAAAUCCAAAUCAGAUGCAAUUGAUACAAGCACUUAUCAGAGGUAGGCUUGAAAGAGUUCCAGACAUCUGCACUACUUGAAGUUGAAACCUUUGGCAAGUCGUCAACAUUUCAGAGAGCACUUUAAAUGUUUUGAUUUGAGAGCUAAUGCAGCACUUCCCACUGAUCAACAUGAGCAGUUCAGGCAGAAAGCAAAGUACAUUUCCCUCAACAUCAGUCAGAUGUUACACUCACUUGCUGAUCCAAUCUUGCCUAGAGACCAUAGGAGACUGGAAAAAUCGGCAUUGAACUCAGGUCCUUGCGCUUGUGAGGCAGGUGGCAGAACCACUGAGCUAAAUCCCCAGCCCUGAAAAAAAAGUUCUCAAAGUCUUCUCUACAAAAAUGCCUGGCCUGCUGGUGUGGACUUAAUGAAUCCUUAAAGACGAAACAUUUUGGCCACUUGGAGAUGACAAGCACUCACUGGGAUAAAAUACUUCACUGAAAGAAGAUUUCACUUUAUGAAAAAACAAAAUUAAAAGGCCUCUGCCUUGAGCAGUUACAAGAUGCUCAACUCGACCACCACACAGCCUCCAGACCUGCCCUGCUCGAAGAACACACUGAUCACUCAGCAAAUCAUCCCUGUGCUGUACUGCGUGGUCUUCAUCACUGGAAUACUACUCAAUGGAGUAUCAGGAUGGGUCUUCCUUUACGUGCCUAGCUCAAAGAGCUUCAUCAUCUAUCUCAAAAACAUUGUUGUGGCUGACUUUCUAAUGGGCCUGACUUUUCCUUUCAAGAUCCUUGGUGACUCAGGCCUAGGCCCCUGGCAGCUGAACGUGUUUGUAUGUAGGGUCUCUGCCGUGCUAUUCUAUGUAAACAUGUAUGUCAGCAUCGUGUUCUUUGGACUCAUCAGCUUUGACAGGUAUUACAAAAUCGUAAAGCCCCUUUCGACUUCUUUCAUCCAGUCAGUAAACUACAGCAAACUGUUGUCAGUGGUGGUGUGGAUACUCAUGCUCCUGCUUGCUGUCCCCAACAUCAUACUGACCAACCAGAGUGUUAGAGAGGUUACAAAAAUACAAUGCAUGCAACUUAAAAAUGAACUGGGUCGCAAGUGGCACAAAGCAUCAAACUAUAUCUUCGUGGGCAUUUUCUGGGCUGUGUUUCUUUUGCUAAUCAUUUUCUACACUGCAAUCACAAGGAAAAUCUUUAAGUCCCACCUUAAGUAUAGAAGGAAUUCCAUUUCAGUCAAAAGGAAAUCUAGCCGCAAUAUAUUUAGCAUUAUGAUCGUAUUUUUUGUAUGUUUUGUACCAUACCACAUUGCUAGAAUCCCCUACACAAAGAGUCAAACUGAAGCUCAUUACAGCUGCCAGUCAAAAGAACUCUUGCUCUACGUGAAAGAAUUCACUCUGCUACUAUCUGCUGCAAAUGUAUGCCUGGACCCUAUUAUUUAUUUCUUUCUAUGCCAACCAUUUAGAGAAAUCUUAUGUAAGAAACUGCAUAUUUCACUAAAAACUCAUGACUUGGCCACUUUCAAAACCAGAAGGGGAAAUAUAAUUCAUGAAAGCACAGAUACUUUGUGAAUUCCCACCCCUUCAAACUAAAGUCCAUACAUACAUGUUGUCUGUCAUCUUCAAUCACAUAACUGAAUAAGCCAAUAAGAAACAUACCUAUGAUAGUAUACUACCAUUAUUACCCAGUACUCAUAGUAAAAUUAAUAUACUUAUCACAAUAAAAUUCAAAUGCAAGUUUCCAUGCUUUUCUGUAGCAUCAAAUUAAAAACACCAUUAGGAGAUUUUUCUAAUAUUGCACUUGUUUUUCUUUCUAAUAAGAAGAAAAAUAUAAUGUACACAAUUAUUCAAUCACACUCCAAAAUAGCAGGUUUAAAUUUAUAAUAAUGAAUUUGUUCAGUUAAAGUAGAACUUAAUAAACAAACAUAUCAGAGACAAUUUACAUAGGUUUCUUCUUUCUCUAAAGACAAGAAUUAAAUUAGUAAGACACAAUCUUUUUCAACUGGGUCCCCAAAGAUCAACUUAAAAGCAGGCACUGUUUGAUAAAGGGAUUUUUGUGUCAGAAAAUAAAAUCAAAUUUUUGGGCCCGGGGAUUUAGCUCAGUGGUUUUGCCGCCUGCUGCGCAAGCUCAAGGACCCAAGUUCGAUCCCUGGUACCAAAAGAAAAAAUAAAUAAAUAUAUAAAAUUUCCUCUGAUUUAAAGCAGGAUAAGCAGAUAGGCAGAAAAAAAACUUUAACAAAAAAACCAUACUGAUUUAUCUCACUGCAUUUCAAAGAAAAUAUAAUACAUUAUUACUUUGCAAUAAAAAUUUAAUUUUUUAAGAUAUUAGGUAUAUGUUAAAUAUAUCUUACAUGCAGACUUAUUAAGACAUUUAAUAAGCCUAAAGUUGUCACACUAAAAUAUUUUUAAGUGGAUUCUACUAAGAGAAGCUGCAUAUCAGCAUGUGUUGCCAGCAAUUUCUCUUGCUCAAAUGUAUGAGGAGGGAAAUAAGAUGACCAUGAAAAAGACACACACUAAUACAUAUUCUUCUCUUAUGAGGUCAGAGGAGAUAAUUUUCUCAGAAACCAAGUAGACUGAAGUGGACUCAAUUAAAAAAAAAAUCUAUAAUGUAAAAGAAUGUGUGACAUUACACAUAAAAAUUCAUGAAUCAUGUUUUCUGUAAAGCCAAUGCAUUUCAAUACAUGGAGAUGAGGGAUACGGUUGCUGGUAAAUGAGUUAACAAAACCAACUUCUUUCUCUACUAUUUGCUGGCUAGAAGACAUUCGGCUAGUCUUUCAAAUGAUCUUC